CAAAUUUCACAUAUACCCCAAACUGUGAAGUCUCCAGCACAGCUUGACAGACCGUAGUUUCUUCUUUCAAGCCUCAUCGACUGCAAACACUUUUCACCUGUACUGUACGGAGUACCACUCCAUACAUGACUGCACUUUGCCGACAGACCAUCAUGUCGAGACACAUCUACAAUCCCUCGACUGCUACGGGGUCGAGGCAUAUCGCCAGACGCGGCACCAGCACCGCCUUCAGUAGCUCUGCAAAUCCAGAUGAAGACUGGACCAAGAUCUCCGACUUGGCUGAGCGCAGACGGAUACAAAACCGCAUUGCUCAACGGAACUACCGCAAGAAGCUCAAGAGACGCCUUGAAGAUCUCGAGAGACGCACCGAAUCGUCUUCCGUAUCACCACCUCAGAUGCACGCAGAACCACACCAACAAGAGCGGGAGAAUGUCCAGCAAUACAAGAGCCCAGAAGUUGUACACAGACAACCAUCUCCCGGGAAUUUGCAAAACCAGUACACGCCCCCAAUGGCGAACGCUCCAAUGUUUUCCCACAGUUUUGAGCGCGAAGGAUUAAGAACACCUCCUCUUUUCGCCUACCACCAGUACCCAGCUCCAGAAGAGAUCGUCUACCCACCGUACCCUCAAUCACAACCAUGCCACCCUAUCUCGAACGCUAGUGACCAUCAUGACUACCUCACCCCAUUCCCAGUCACUCUACCAUCACUGAUGCACUUUCACGAGGGCAUCAAGCCGGGAGACAAUACACUGAGCCCGUUCAGUCUCAGCUACCAAGGGCUGCCACCCAUGGACUCCCCUCAAUCCCACGGCUACGACAACUCCCAUAUUCAUACUCCUUCUCUCAGUUCAGAAUCCGAUAUUGACUCUAUCGACGGUACGAAAAUGUGACGAGAAGACUUCAAUUCUUGUUUCGGGAACGCGGAAGUAGACACUUGAAUUUGUCAAGAUUUAAUGGAUUUCUAUAUUUUAUCAUAAUCAAUUGGCGUUUACUAAAACAAAUAACCAA